AUGCUUGGUUUUCAGUCAAUUAUCUUGGUUACCAUUUCACUCUUAAUUACUUUAAUCACUAAUGUUACCGCUCAGCAAGAAUGUGUAUCAUACACAUCUCCAUUUGACUUUUCAUCUGGGUAUCCAAAAAUUUGGGAAAAGCCUACAAGUAAAGAUUUUAAUACAAAAGAGUUUAAGCAGAUUAACAGUUCUAUUAAUUGGUCGAAAGUACCUAAGAUUGCAACUCGUAAAAUGGUCAAUGGGAAUGUAGAUACGACUGGUUAUCCUGAUAGUGACCCAGAUUGUUGGUGGUCAUAUAGUACGUGCACAACGCCCAAACCACCACUGCAACACGAUGUUUCUUUUUGUCCUGAGCCUGGUACUUUGGGCUUGACAUACGAUGAUGGUCCAAACUGCGCUCAUACUGUGUUUUACGACUUCCUUAAGCAAAACAAUCAGAAAGCGACGAUGUUUUUUAUUGGAUCAAAUGUUGCUACAUUACCCAACGAAGCUCAGCGUGCUUUCAUAGAUGGUCAUCAUAUUUGUGUUCAUACGUGGUCUCAUCAAUAUAUGACUACACUUACCAACGAAGAAGCGCUUGCAGAAUUGUACUACGCUAGGAAGGCUAUUAAACGUGUCAUAGGAAUAACACCUCGUUGCUGGCGCCCUCCUUAUGGUGACGUUGAUAAUCGGAUUCGUGCGAUUGCUCAACAACUUAACAUGAGAACUAUUAUCUGGAAUCUUGAUACCAAUGAUUGGGAUAUGGAACCUGAUGGCACUGAACAGCCGGCACAAAUUGAUGCUAUUUUCCAAAGCUUGGUUAAUAUGGGUCAAAAUGGAACCUUCGCUGAUUCUGGCGCAAUCGUUCUGGAGCAUGAACUAAGUAAUGGCACAAUGUCCAAAGCUAUUGAAUGGUACCCAAAACUCAAAAGCGCCUUUAAACAUAUUGUUCCUAUCGCCUCAUGCAUGAAUGUUACUCGACCAUAUAUUGAAUCAAAUUUCACCUAUCCAUCAUUUGCUGAAUACAUUGGCACGCGGAACAAUAAUACUACUGAUCCGAAAAGUACUGAAAGUUAUCGUCCAACUGGUACCCCACAAGCUCAUGGCCCAAAAUCAACACCUACUUCGAUAGCAAAAUCGAUAACAAGUUAUAACAACUUAAUUUCCUGG